UGUUAAGAAUGAGGAAUCCUGAUGUUGCUGCAGUUAUAGUACACACACAUACCUAAGGAGAAAGGUUUUACAGUCUGCUAAAAUUGCAGUGGAUACAUUAGGAUGGACACAGAGGAUUUUCCUCCCCCACCACCAGAAGUUCUAGAGCACGAACCGAAAGCCACGGGUACGAACAAUGGGGAGGAGGAGGGAGAACAGUUUGACUUUGAUAGUGGAGAUGAGAUACCAGAAGCAGACAGGCAAGCCAUUGUGCCACCUCCUGCUGAUCCUGGAAAUAACAUAGAGCACCAAGCAGCUGAUGCCUCAGGAACUGAUAAUUUAGAAAACAAUGAGAAACUGCAAACAUCAGAACCUGCUGUGGAAGGUGCUCCAGCCAAAGUAAAUCCUUACUCAGUCAUAAAUAUUUCACCAAUCCAAGACAAGGAUCCAUCCUCAUCACCAGAACCAAGUCCUCAAGAUGAAUGUGCAAGUCCAAACUUGUCUGCUGGAUAUUCUGUUCCUGUCCCUUGUGGAUAUGCUGUGCCAUCUAACUUACCCUUGAUACUGCCAGCAUACUCCAGCCCUGUCAUAAUUCGCAGUGUUUCUGUAGACGAAGAAGGUACACAGUCAGCAAGUGAAGAAUGUCAUAAUUUUGUAAACUCAGAGGAGCCUCAAAAUAGUGAAGAUAACCAGCCCAAUAGAGAGGAUGAUGCCCUUGCCAAAUGGGUUGCAGAUCCUGCAAAUACAGCAUGGAUGGAGAACCCAGAUGAGGUAAUUUACGAUGAUGUGCCAAGGGAAGAUUCAGACUCUGAACCAGAGGAAAUGAUUUACGAUGAUGUUGAAAAUGGUGAUGAUGGUGGAAACAGCUCACUGGAAUAUGGUUGGAGUUCAAGUGAGUUUGAAAGCUAUGAAGAACAGAGUGAUUCUGAGUGUAAAAAUGGAAUUCCCAGCUCCUUUUUGCGAGGCAACCACAAGAGACAUCUUUCUCAUGACCUAACGCGUUUAAAGGAGAAUUAUGAAAAAAAGAUGAAAGAUUUGAUGGCAAACACUGUGGGAGCAGUAGAGAUUCAGCAACUAAAGCAAAAACAUGAGCUGAAGAUGCAAAAGCUUAUGAGAGCUGCUAGAGAAGGUACAAAAGAUGGACUUGAAAAGACAAAAGCGGCUGUGAAGAAGGGUCGUAGCUUCAUUAGAACAAAAUCUUUCAUUUCUCAAGAUCAUAGAUCAUCAUGUCUGGAAGAAGAAGAGCUAAAUUUAUUUAUUGAUGUGGACUGUAUGCAUACAGAAGCAAUUAUGACUCCUAUGCCUGAAGGUUUAUCACAGCAGCAGGUCGUGAGAAGGUAUAUUUUGGGCUCUGUAGUUGACAGUGAGAAGAAUUAUGUGGAUGCCCUUAAAAGAAUCCUGGAGCAAUAUGAGAAGCCCCUUUCAGAUAUGGAACCAAAAUUAUUGAGUGAAAGAAAACUUAAAAUGGUCUUUUAUCGAAUUAAGGAAAUUCUUCAGUGCCAUUCAAUGUUUCAGAUUGCGCUGGCGAGUCGUGUAUCUGAGUGGGACUCUGUUGAAAUGAUCGGUGAUGUCUUUGUUGCUUCAUUUUCUAAAUCUAUGGUAUUGGAUGCGUACAGCGAAUAUGUGAACAACUUCAGUACAGCAGUAGGGAUUCUCAAGAAAUCAUGUGCCACCAAACCUGCAUUUUUAGACUUCUUAAAGCAGUGCCAGGAGUCAAGUCCCGACCGCAUUACACUGUAUGGUUUAAUGAUGAAACCUAUCCAACGUUUUCCACAGUUCAUUCUACUAUUGCAGGAUAUGUUGAAGAACACUAAUAAAGGACAUCCUGACAGAUUACCUCUACAGAUGGCUCUUACAGAACUUGAAACACUGGCAGAGAAGUUAAAUGAAAGAAAAAGGGAUGCAGAUCAGCGCUGUGAAAUAAAACAAAUAGCAAAAGCAAUGAAUGAACGUUACCUGAACAAGCUACUCAGCAGUGGAAACAGAUACCUCAUACGGACUGAUGAUAUGGUUGAGACGGUUUACAAUGACAAAGGAGAAAUUAUCAAAACCAAAGAGCGACGUCUUUUCAUGUUAAAUGAUGUGCUGAUGUGUGCGACAGUAAAUAUUCGCUCUUCCUAUGAAAGCAGUGGCACCAUGACAACUGACCAGAGGUAUUUACUGAAGUGGAGUGUACCACUGGGACAAGUGGAAGUCAUAGAGUACGGCAGCAGUGAGAGCCAAGGAGAGAACUGCAGGUUUCCACCCCAGCACUCUGCUGAAAACAUCAUCAUCAACUCUAAGCCAAACAAGCUCUAUAUGGGACCAGGGCAACUAUACCAUGAUCUGCAGAACCUUUUACAUGACUUGAAUGUACUUGGUCAAAUUAGUCAAUUAAUAAGCAGCCUUAAAGGAAACUAUCAGAACUUAAACCAAUCUGUAGCCCAUGACUGGACCUCAGGUUUACAAAAACUGAUUUUGAAAAAAGAAGAUGAAAUCAGAGCAGCAGAUCGCUGUAGAAUUCAGCUGCAACUCCCAGGAAAACAGGACAAGUCUGGGAGGCCAACUUUCUUUACAGCUGUGUUCAAUACAUUUACCCCUGCCAUCAAACAGUCUUGGAUCAACAAUUUACAAAUGGCUAAACUGGCCCUUGUGGAAGAUAACCUGCUAGGUUGGUUCUGCGUAGAAGAUGAUGGGAAUCAAAUAAAAAAAGAGAAACAUCCUCUCCUUGUUAGACAUAUGCCAGUGAUGAUGGCCAAGCAACAGGAGUUUAAGGUUGAAUGUGCAGCUUAUAAUCCGGAGCCGUACCUCUCUGGGGAAACGGAGUCAGAUUCCUGUGCCAUGGAACAUGGUUUUCUUUGGAUUGGCAGUUGUACUAAUCAGAUGGGCCAGAUUGCAAUAGUCUCAUUUCAAAACUCCAGCCCCAAGGUUAUUGAGUGCUUCAAUGUGGAAUCACGGAUUCUCUGCAUGGUCUACAUACCAGAGGAGGAGAAGCUGAAAGAGCAAAACAAAGCUUUAGACUCUGAAAAUGUUCUUGCAAAAACUUCUAAUGUGCCUACUAUUUGCCUUGGCAUGGAAGAAGGAAGCAUUUCUAUUUACAAAAGUUGCCAAGGCUCAAAGAAAAUUCGACUUCAGCACUUCUUCACUCCUGAAAAAUCAACUGUUAUGAGCUUAACAUAUAGGUCUCAAUACUUGUUUGCUGGCUUGGUAAAUGGAAACAUCUCAAUCUACACAAAAGCAGAAGAUGGGACGUGGAACACGGAACCUCAGAAGAUAGUUAAAUUGGGGGUUCUGCCUGUUAGAAGUCUGCUUGUGAUGGAGGAGACCAUUUGGGCUGCAUGUGGUGGACAAAUUUUUGUAAUCAGCACUGUGUCGCAUUCCAUAGAGAACCAUUUUGAAGCCCACCAAGAGGAAGGGAUGGUAAUUUCUCACAUGGCUGUUGCUGGAGUGGGAGUCUGGAUUGCCUUCACAUCUGGAUCUACGCUUCGCCUGUUCCACACUGAGACACUGAAACACCUCCAGGAUGUUAACAUUGCCACACCUGUUCACAAUAUGUUGCCAGGGCAGCAGCGUGUCUCUGUGACCAGCCUCCUGGUGUGCCAUGGUUUAUUGCUGGUGGGAACAAACCUGGGAAUAAUCGUAGCGUUACCAGUGCCUCGUUUGCAGGGGAUUCCCAAAGUAACUGGAAGAGGAAUGGUGUCAUACCAUGCACACAAUAGCCCAGUCAAGUUUCUUGUAACAGCUACAUCUAUAAACAAGAAGAACAGAAACAAAUUGAGGAACAGCCUGCCUCCUGGCUCAGAACCUAAGGAUGAGGACCAGAAGAACAUUCUGCUCGCUGAAAGACCAGGCUCUUCCCUUAGUAACACCCAUGACACUGCAAUUUGGCUGGGGGGUUCAGCAGGGUCCAUUGCACAAAGUGACUUGUCAUCAUCUUCUGGAUCCCUUACUUUGUCUCAUGGAUCAAGUUCCCUAGAACACAGACCAGAGGACAGUAACAUUUAUGAGCUUUUGAAGGAUCAAAAUAUCUCAUUUAAAAGUAAAAGGCAGAAAUCUAAGAAAAUUAAAGCAAGUUCAGUAUUAGUGAUUUCUGGUGGCCAGGGACACAGAAGAGUGAACAAGAAGACCAAGCAGCAGCGACAAGAUGAACUAGUGUCUUCAGUGAUGGUCUGGCAAAUCCCACUAUUAAAUAUCUAACUGAACUAAAUCCAGGAUCCUUUCCACUAUUAAAAAAGUCUGUUAUCCUUUUCCAGCAGCUUAGGACCCAAACAGAUAGACUUUAUACACCUGGGAGCAAUUUCAGAAGGCUUGGAUCACAGGAUUAAGGGUGCAAGACAGUCUUGACAUACUUAGAACGUUCUGCAGUGUUAGAGUACUGGAAAAUGUUUAGCCAUUGGUGCUAUUUAUACUUAGAACAAAAAGCAACUGUUAGGCACCUUUAAUUGGGUUUAGAAUCUCUUACCUUAUUUAUAUUCACAUUUAUAGAUAUCAUAAUUAUGUUCUGUAGCACUUAGGGAAGGCAAGUAAGACAUGCCAUGUCUCAUGCUGAUUUCUGCUUAUGUAAAUCAGCUAUUCUUUCUUUUUCCAAAGUGACAUAUUGCAUGGACUGUAGAUUUUAACAAAUUAGCAAACAGUUUUAAACAAUUAGUAGUCUAAUGCAAGCUAAUAUUAAUUUGGAAAUAACUAUGAUAGUUCAUAAUAUCAUUCUGCAAACCAGAAUUUGGCUGGGACAAAACCAGCCACAUUCAUUGACUGGUAUUUAUUUCAACAUAUAACAUAGAUUUUUAAAAUACUAAUUUCUAAAGCUCAGUUUUAUUAAAAGUGUUGCAGUACAAAAAGCACAAUAAUUUUUUGGUAGGUGAAAUGUGUCUGUGACUUGCCUUUGUUCUACAGAGAUAAUUGCAAGGAUUUGAUGGCCUUGGGCAAAUAGAAAAUACAGAUACAGGACAGCUGUGCAUUGUAGGGCUGCUAAUACAUUCUUCCCCUGGCAAUUACCUAUCAAAGCUAAACAUGGACCAUUUUUAAGGAGGAAUGCACAUCCAGUACAUUAAUAAUGAAAUAAUUAAUUAAGUCAUUAAUUGGGAAGAAAUAGACUAAUAUUGGAAUAUUUGUAGAAAGUGCAAGUAAUCACUAUAGGUCCUACAUCAGUUGAGUUGUGCUGUGUUCUCAGGCAGACAUCCAUCAAAUAAUGUGACAGGGUAACAGCAGAGAUAUAGUCAUGUCUGAGUGACUCUUUUCAGCCAGUUUCAGCAAAGCAGGGUCGUGUAAAUGGCUGUUGGGAUAACAGCAUGCACAGCUUCGUUCACUGAGACAGGCAGGCAGUGGCUUUGGCAGUGUUAGAGGGCUGUAAGUAGAGAUCUAAUUGAUGUUUUAUUAAUGAAUCUAUGUAUUUCCAAAGGAAUCUUUGAAUUCAAGAUUCCAACUGAAAUUGCCUUUUGCACAGUCUCUGCUCAUGUGAAAUAUAAAACAAAGGCUUCAGCUCAUAAAGACGUUGCCAAAAAUGGUGUUGAGGCACAUCCUUAAGUCAAAAUCUGUUUAAUACAGAUAACAUGUUGAAUGGAGUCUAUGGGAACAUCCUUUUUCCUUGUCAAUAGACUGAAAUACAGAGAAAUUAGGAUGAUUAAAUUUCAGUUGAGUAUGUUAAGAACUCUAAUACAACCCAUGUGUUCAGUGAAAUGCAAAUUAAGUAUAUCUAAAUUCAAAUAUUUGUCAGAUGUAUGCAUUGACUAGAAUCAAAUAAAACUUCUGGCUACUUUGAUACCAUUCUUAUCCCAGUUAAGGGUGUGGUUUGCCCUGAAAUUACUUCUGCAACAUCUAAUACAAACUGCUUGAUUCCACCGUGUUUUGUUUCAAUCUGCUUGGUUUAAAUCAAUAUCAACUGUAAUGGUAGUGUUUCCCAGCACAUGCCAUUUCAAGGUCAACAGUACUAGAGACUGAAGUAUUUUGUUUGAUAUAGCAGUAGCAGGGGUUUAUAGAAUGUUGCUGAAAUUUAUUUUCUUAAUUUGCAGCAGAUUUGUGUAUGUCUUAAAUUUUCAGUCUAUCUGCUUUAAAAAGCAAACCUCUAUCAAGGUAACCCCAGAAUUGGUAGGUAAGUUGACUUACCGAGUUUGACAGAACACUGAAAUAACAUCAAGUCUUCCCUGCUGCCUGACCACCAGUGUGUGGGGCAGAGGGAAUGCCAGUGCAGUCAGUCUUUGCCUGCUAGGUGGCACCAAAAUAGGCACUUGAAAAUUAGGUAUGCAUCCUGAUUUCUUUUCAGAGGCUUUGCCCACAUCCUACAUUCCUGAUUAGAACAGGAUUCUUGAGCCAUAAUAACAUGGACUUCCAUGAGUCACAAAGGACCCUUGUUACAGAUGGGAUUGUAGGCUUUGGAUCUCCAUUACUGUUUUGUGCUUUUAAUCUGUGUCUUUUGCUGUGUAUCUUGCAACUUCAGUUGAGUAUUGUCAUUGUUGGCAUGGGCUUAGUGUUGGCAUGAGUCCUGAUAGGGAAAAAAAAAAAAAAAAAGAAAAAAAGCAGAGUGCCUCUAAGCCAGGCAGCUGGUAAUAUUUUCCCAAACUUUUCCUCUUCUGCCUGGCCUGCUGCCUGGGUUCACCUGGCUCAAGCCAGGCCAGUUGCAUUUUCUACGCUCUUCCAUAGCUAUGGCCCUGGGAGCUGCUCUUUUCCCACUGUGUGGAAGUACUACAUUGUACAGUUUAAUGUAAGUAUAUUGAAAAACAAGUUAAAAGAUUCCUCUGUGUAUUAAGCAUAUGUAAUCUAGUAUCCCUUUGCUAGACUGCAGUAAAAGACCACAGGUUUUAUUCUGUGUUCUCCUUGAAUGUAGGAUUCCACAUCUGUGCCUUUGGGACUGGAGGAUUACGUCUGCUCUCUCAUGGAUUUUUAUCAGUAGGAGCAGUAAGCAGAGUCCACCAAUUCAACUGGAAAUUCAUGCAUAGUAUUAUUACAGGAUCUGCUAUCUGUAAUGCAUGAGAGUUGUAAAGUGAAAUUCAUCCUAUCUUUCAGCUGAAAUGUAGUUUUCUUCAGUUAUAUCAAUAAAACAGUAGAAACAAAGUAAAAAUCUGCUCUUCUGAAAGUACAUUGGGGUUUUGCCAGUGACUUCCAUUAGAACAGAACUGAGUCCCUCAUUUACAUUCUUCUAUUUUGAAAAUACCUAUCUAUUUAUCUUACUGAGCUGUAAAGAAAAAAAGAAGCUGUAUGUCUGUCUUGAAAAAUACAUAGUGUCAUGAACUAGAUUUUUAGUAACCAACUGAGCACAAGGUGCAAUGUUUCUUCCUGACAUGCAGCUUAUUGGUAUUACCUUACUAUGAAAACAGGCAGGAACCAAAGUUUCUCUCACAAAUAGGCUUUAUAGCUGUUGUAGAUUGUGCUGCUAGGAGGUUGGAUUUUGCUUUCUGAUACUGCUUGUCUAAAUUAAUAGAAGUUAUGAAAAUAAAAGGAAAAGAGGGGAGCAAGUGUAACCACUACAAUAUAUUCUGUAUAUGUUUUCUAACACAUAGUAGUGUAUUUUGUAACAGGAGCCAUAAAAUUUGUGUAUUUAUGUUCAAAGUAUAAAUUGAGAAAAAUGUUUAAUAAAAAUAUGGUA